UGGGGGCGCGUGCGGGACGGGCGACGGCGGCGGCGCCAUGGAGAGCGGGGCUUAUGGCGCGGCCAAGGCCGGCGGCGCCUUCGACCUGUGGCGUUUCCUGGAGCAGCCGCAGGUCAUCGCCAGGAUCCUGGGCCUGGUUUUCUCCCUGAUCGAGUUCUCCUGCAUCAUCGGGGAAGGGUACACCAACCCACACACCUCCGGGGUUGUCCACUGCAUCUUCAACCAGAACGAUGACGCCUGUCGCUACGGCACCGGUGUCGGGAUCCUGGCCUUCCUGGGUUCCCUUGCUUUCUUCACCAUCGACAUCUAUUUCCCCCAGAUCAGCAGCGCCGCCGACCGCAAGCACCUGGUCAUGGCGGACCUGGCCUUCUCAGCUCUCUGGACCGUCCUGUGGUUCAUCAACUUCUGCUUCCUGACCAACCAGUGGGCGGCCACCGACCCCAAGAAGGUCCUGGUGGGGGCCGACUCGGCCCGAGCGGCCAUCGCCUUCAGCUUCUUCUCCAUCUUCUCGUGGGGCCUGCUGACCUACUUCGCCCACCGGCGCUUGAAGGCGGGCGUCACCUUCCUCCAGAACUACGCCGACCCCACCCCCGAACCCGGAACUCCCUACCCCAACGUCGCCGUGGACAACUACCAACAGCCACCCUUCACCCAGAACGUGGAGUCCACCGAGGGCUACCAGCCACCUCCUGUGUAUUAAGCCGGGAGGGGGAGGGCCCAGUGUGGUGGGGGGGCGGUGAGGUUUGGGGGGUGGCCCCAGAAUCAGAGGCUUGGGCUAACGGCCCUGCCCUCCCCCUAACACCCACAAUUCAGGAAGGCGGCUCCCCUCUUCCUUAUGCUCUUUGCUUGGUCAGAACUACUGUGCAAAACCAAAGUGCCACUAUCCCCUUUUCCCAGCAGGAGAGGCAGGACCGGUCAGUUUUCGGGGAGAAGGGGUGCUUGGAUCCCUGGGCCAUUUUGGAUUUGUUUGUCCCCCCCCCCCCCCCCGCCACUGAUUUGAGUGUGUUUUUUCUUUCCUCUUGAGCAGGGCACAAAGUCACCCCUCACACCAACAGGUGUCUUAGCCCCACGGCACCCCGGGAGAACAUAACCUGGUCCCAGCCGCACCUCUGGCCCGUGAGAUCCGUGCCUUAAAGCGCUUCCCUCCUGCUGCCCGGGGCUGGGGGUGGAGGUCCUAGCCUGCUUCCUGCCCUUCCCUCUCAGGGUUUGUACCUUCAGCCUUUUAGUUCCUCAGCUCACACUCCUUCCCCCGGGUCCCUGUUGGGUUGUGAGGUUUCUGUCCCCUGCUGUAUGCAGUGCCAGUGGGCCCCUCCAGUGUGCACCCCAAAAGGGGCGGGUGGGUAUGUACGGGGGGAGUGGGAUUUGCUAUCGAUAACCCUGCCGUGACACGCCAAGCGGGUGGGUAGGUCUCCCCUGCAGCAUUGCACUUGUGUAAAUAUCGUGCGAUUGUCCAACUGUUAACUGUAGGGGGGCGGUGCCCAGACGGUUUUGAAUGUAUUAAGCCACGCACACAAAAUCCCCACGAGACACUGUUUGGUUCAAAUGGUUUGGAGAUGGAAUAAAUAUAUUUUUUUUUCCAUUC